CUCGUCGCCGCCAUGGCCGGCGUCGCCAUGGCCCAGACUCUGGCCGACUUCAUCCCGGAGUGCGCCGUAAAGUGCCUGACUGACGGCGUCGCCGCCGCCACAAACUGCAAGCCCGACGAUCUUGACUGCCUGUGCAUCGCCGACAACUACCGCGCCACGUACACCAGCGCCGUGUCGUGUGUGCUUGCCGCGUGCGGCAACGACGUCUCAGUUAGCGAGGUCCUUCCCGCGGCCGCCCACAUGUGUGAGGUUGUCGUCGCUGCG